UUUUUUUUUUUCCUUCAGAUUGUGGGAGUGUAAGAGUGUUUCAUCUUGUUUACUUUAGAAGAUGCCGGCCGGCCAUGGACUUCGAUCCCGUACCAGAGAUCUCUUCGCGAGGCCUUUCAGGAAGAAGGGUUACAUUGCUUUGACUACAUAUUUGAGGACCUUCAAGAUCGGCGACUAUGUCGACGUUAAAGUGAACGGUGCUGUCCACAAAGGAAUGCCGCAUAAAUUCUACCAUGGCCGCACCGGUCGUGUAUGGAACGUUACCAAGCGUGCUAUUGGUGUUGAGAUCAACAAGCAGGUGGGCAACAGAAUCAUAAGGAAAAGAAUCCAUGUCCGAGUUGAGCACGUGCAGCCCUCACGGUGCGCCGAGGAGUUCCGUUUGAGGAAGGUGAAGAACGAUCAACUGAAGGCCGAAGCCAAGGCUAAAGGUGAAGUCAUUUGUACCAAGAGGCAACCAGAAGGCCCCAAACCAGGGUUCAUGGUUGAAGGUGCUUUAAUGGAGACCGUCACACCCAUUCCAUACGAUGUGGUUAAUGAUCUCAAGGGUGGUUAUUAGUAUUUCCUUUUCUUGGAUAUUGUUGCAAUUUACUCCUUGUGCCCCUAAAUUUUUUUGGAUGCUAAACUUUUCUAUCGAAAAUUUUCAGCCCUAAGCUUUUGAUUUAACUAAUGUAGUUUCAUCUCACUUAAAAGUAAUUUUGUUGCUCUA